AUGGUGUUUUCUUGGCGAGGAGGUCCGGAUUCCCGGCAGCUGCUGCUCUUGUUUUUAAUCUUCACAACCUGGGAGGCAGGGAGUGGCCAGCUCCACUACUCCGUCCCCGAGGAGGCCAAACACGGAACCUUCGUGGGCCGCAUCGCUCAGGACCUGGGGCUGGAGCUGGCGGAGCUGGUGCCCCGCCUGUUCAGGGUGGCGUCCAAGGACCGCGGGGACCUUCUGGAGGUAAAUCUGCAGAAUGGCAUUUUGUUUGUGAAUUCUCGGAUCGAUCGGGAGGCGCUGUGCGGGCGGAGCGCGGUGUGUAGCAUCCACCUGGAGGUGAUCUUGGACCGGCCGCUGCAGGUUUUCCACGUGGAGGUGGAGGUGAGGGACAUUAACGACAACCCGCCUGUGUUCCCGGUAAAAGAACAAAAGCUGCAUGUUUCAGAAUCCAGAAUGUUAGACUCUAGGUUUCUGCUAGAGGGCGCAUCUGACGCAGAUAUUGGUGCUAAUUCAAUUUUAACCUACAGACUUGACUCUAAUGAUUACUUCACACUAACUGUGAAUUCAAAGAAUGAAGAAAACAAACAGGUUGAGUUAGUAUUAAGAAAAUCCUUGGACAGAGAGGAUGCUCCUGAGCAUAAGCUGCUCCUGACAGCCACGGACGGAGGCAAACCUGAGCUCACAGGCUCUGUUCAGCUGCUGGUCACUGUGCUGGAUGUGAACGAUAACGCCCCUACUUUCCAGCAGUCUGAAUAUGAAGUGAGAAUAUUGGAAAACUCACACAACGGGACGACGGUUAUUAGACUGAACGCUUCUGACAGGGACGAAGGAACCAAUUCAGCAAUUUCUUACUCUUUUAAUAGGCUGGUGCCGCCCAUGGUUCUUGAGCAGUUUAGCAUAGAUACAGAUACAGGAGAGAUCAUAAUUCAAGGGAACUUGGAUUUUGAACAAGUCGAUGUCUACAAAAUCCGCGUUGACGCGACGGACAAAGGACACCCUCCGAUGGCGGGUCAUUGCACUGUUCUAGUGAAGGUAUUGGAUGAAAAUGACAAUGUGCCUCAGAUCACAUUGACUUCCUUAUCGCUGCCUGUUCGAGAGGACGCUGCACUGGGUACGGUCAUUGCUCUAAUUAGUGUUUCAGACCUGGACUCUGGAGCCAACGGGCAGGUGACCUGCUCCCUGACUCCUCAUGUCCCCUUCAAGCUGGUGUCCACCUUCAAGAAUUACUAUUCGCUCGUGCUGGACAGCGCCCUGGACAGAGAGACCACAGCUGACUAUAAGGUGGUGGUGACUGCCCGGGACGGGGGCUCGCCCUCACUGUGGGCCACAGCCAGCGUGUCCGUGGAAGUAGCUGAUGUGAACGACAAUGCACCCGCGUUCGCACAGCCCGAAUACACGGUGUUCAUGAAGGAGAACAACCCGCCUGGUGCGCACAUCUUCACGGUGUCGGCCAUGGACGCAGAUGAGAAGGAGAACGCGCUGGUGUCCUACUCGCUGGUGGAGAGGCGGGUGGGCGAGCGCUCGCUGUCGAGCUUCGUGUCUGUGCACGCGGAGAGCGGCAAGGUGUUCGCGCUGCAGCCCCUGGACCAUGAGGAGCUGGAGCUGCUGCAGUUUCAGGUGAGCGCGCGGGAUGCUGGUGUGCCUUCCCUGGGCAGCAAUGUGACUCUGCAGGUGUUUGUGCUGGACGAGAACGACAAUGCGCCCACGCUACUGCCCCACGGAGCUGUAAGAGCCGGCGGGUCAGUGAGCGAGCUGGUGCCUAAAUCCGUGGGUUCAGGGCACGUAGUAGCGAAGGUGCGCGCUGUAGAUGCGGACUCUGGUUACAAUGCAUGGCUGUCUUAUGAGCUGCAGCCGGCAUCAGGAAGCAUGCGCAGUCCCUUUCGCGUGGGUCUGUACACGGGAGAGAUCAGCACAACGCGUGCCCUGGAUGAGGCAGAUGCUGCUCGACAGACUCUGUUGGUGCUGGUGAAGGACCAUGGAGAGCCUGCACUGACAGCCACUGCAACUGUGUUAGUGUCUCUAGUGGAAAGCGGCCAGGCGCCAAAGUCCUUUUCUCAGACAUCAGGGCAUGCUUCAGUCCCAGAGACGUCACUGGUGGAUGUCAACGUGUACCUAAUCAUUGCCAUCUGCGCCGUGUCGAGCCUGUUGGUGCUCACGCUGCUGCUGUACACAGCGCUGCGCUGCUCAGCUUUGCCUGCGAAUAGCGAGGGCGCCAGUGGACCUGGGAAGCCAGUGCUGGUGUGCUCCAGCGCGGUGGGGACCUGGUCAUACUCACAGCAGAGGAGGCAGAGGGUGUGCUCUGGUGAGGGUCCGCCCAAGACCGACCUCAUGGCCUUCAGCCCCAGUCUUCCACCGCGUCCAGGAUCAGAGGCCAUUGGUGAAGGGCAAGAUUUAAAUGUUGACCAUGGUUUUCAAGUAAGUCCAUUUAUACUUAGAAAUAUAUAA